AUGCCUGUCUACCGCUACCACUUGAAGUUUGAGCUCUACCCUUCUCCAGAUCCUACACAUAUCACGCCCGCCGCCGCAUCGACUCCUGAUAUCUGGAUACCCACCGAGAACUCGUCCAUAUUUGACGAGCUCCCCGCCCAUCCUCGCACCUGGCAGCUCAAGGCUCCGUCUUCAAGGCCGUCGUCCAAGAGGGAGCAGCAUCGAGACUAUAUUCAAGGGUGGAGUGCGGAAGCCGACCAAACGGAAGAGGGAGAAGAAAAGCGUCAUUCCGGACCAAAAUCGGAGUCGGCAGUAGUCAGGGACAGCUCAGACGACGACGCCGAGGAGGGGACGGAAACCGGCGGAGUUAUCGACUGCGGAGCGUCCAGACCAAAUCACCAAAACCCUGAAGACAAUAGGAACAUCGUCAGGCUCCCAGACAAGCGAUCACGCGAGACUUCUCCACCGCCAAAGUUCACGUCUGGAAUAGGACCGCGGACGGCAGCUAAGGACUGGCGCUUCGGAAGAAUCAGCAUCGAGAGUCUUGACCUGCAACGGGACGAGCAUCCGCAGGGACACGCACAAACCGAAGCGGAGGAUAAGAAGCGGAAGAAGGGCAAAGGGAAGGAUACCAACAACACCACUGCUGGAGCCGGAAAGUCGGCAGCAGCCAAGAACAACAAGUCAGCCAUGGCCGAGUCACAGAAAGAUCACGGACGGUCAUCCCAACCACAGAAGAAUGGCAACGGGAACCAUGUCCCCCACGGGACACCAGCGGCCUCUCUAGGCCCCAACCUUGGUGGAAUGGGCCAAGCCACCAAGGGACGAUUCCUCCCCCUCGAAACCAAGAACACGGAAGUUGGCUGGGGUAUCGUCCAUCUCUACCGUGAGGCCGACGAGAGCAGUGCUCUUCGGGCCGGGCUGGGUGCAGGCAGCGCCAGUGGUAGCAGCGACGCCGGUACAAGCAACGGAACUGUUAACAGCGGUGACGACGGCACUAUUCUCUGCAUCACUGCCGUUCCCAUGUACAUGAGUCCGAGUGACUUCCUGGGGUUCAUAGGAGAAAAGUGGCGCGACGACGUGAGCCAUUACAGAAUGAUCAUGACGAGCAAGUUGAAUCGGUACAUGGUUUUGAUGAAGUUUCGGGAUACGCAGAGGGCAAAGGAUUUUAGGGUUCAGUUUGAUGGGAGGCCGUUUGACAGUAUCGAGACCGAAUUUUGCCAUGUCGCCUACAUUCAGUCCAUCACCGUGGAAUCACAUGGCACCCAGAACGGUCACAGCACCACUGCCAGCAACGCAGGCGGAAACGGUAGCCAAGUUGACACCCUUCCCUCACCCAGCAACACCCUCAACCUGCGACCGUUUCCACCCCCGACCCCCAACCUGAUCGAGCUGCCAACCUGCACCGUCUGUCUCGAGCGCAUGGACGACACAGCCGGUCUCAUGACUAUCCUCUGUCAACACGUCUUCCACUGCACCUGUCUCCAAACCUGGAAGGGCUUCGGUUGCCCCAUCUGCCGCGCAACCAACCCCAAGCCCACCGCAGAGGAAACCGACCCGGAAAACCCGUACUCGCGACCCUUCGGCUCGGGACCUAUAUCUAACCUUUGCAGCGUCUGCGACGAACCCUCGGACCUCUGGAUCUGUCUCAUUUGCGGCAACGUCGGGUGCGGCCGGUACAAGGGCGGACACGCCAAGGAGCACUGGAAAGAAACGGCUCACAGUUUCAGCCUGGAGAUGGAAACACAGCACGUCUGGGACUACGCAGGCGACAUGUGGGUGCACCGGAUGAUCCGCGAAAAGGGCCAAGGCAAAGUCGUCGAGUUCCCCAGCCAUCACAUCCACAACAACAAUACCUCUUCGGAGCGCAACAACACCAAUCCCCCGGGAGACCGCGCCCCGGCAUGGAGCUCUCAGGAACAGACCAUGGCGGCGGUAGCCGGUGCCCCCUUGCCCCAUCAUGCCCCGGUGUCCGAAGACCAAGAAGUCGUCCCCCGCGCCAAGCUCGACAGCAUCGGUCUCGAGUACACCCACCUCCUCACCUCGCAGCUCGAAUCACAACGCAUCUACUUUGAGGAAAUGGUCGCCAAGGCAGCGGACAAAGCCUCCAAAGCAUGUGCCGCCGCAGACGCCGCCUCGGCCAACGCCUCCCGCGCCAUCAAGGAGUUGACCGAUUUUAAAGAGCAGCAUUUUCGCCUAAAGGAAGAAGUUGCCACUCUAGAGCGGGACCUCGCGCGCGAGCGGAAGCGAGCCGACAAGAGCACGGAACUGGCGAGGAACUUGUCGAAACAGCUCCAGGAAGAGAAGGGAGUCGGGGAAGGACUGAUGAAGAGGAUCAAGCACAUGGAGAAGGAAGCAAAGAGCACGCAGGAGGAGCUGGCUAAGCUGCGGCAGCAGAAUGAGGAGCUUAUCGAAACCAAUCAUGAUCUGUCCAUGUUUAUCAGUGCGCAGGACAAGUUGAAGGAGAUGGAGGCUGAGGGACAGGUGACGGCGGAGGAGCUGGAGGAGGGCGGGAUGGUGGUUAUUCCUCCUGAGCAGGGGUCGUCUUCUCGUAAUGGGAAUCAAAAUGGGGGCCAGCAAGGUGGUGGUGGUGGUGGUGGGAAGAAGAAGGGGAAGGGGAAGGGGAAGAAGUAG